CACGUGUUACGUGUACAAAAAUCGUGCGGACAACAAAUUAAUACGAUGUGCAGAUAACAUUGUCGCGCUGGUGCAACAUGCGAUGGUGAAGCGGAAAGAGGAUAAGAAGCGGCGAGAGUGCAGCUGCGAGGUAUCAAGGAAGGAAUACGGGCGUAAGAUCGCCGAUAAUCAAUGCCAAUGGCCUACGAAGCAUUAUGGCACGAGUACAUGCAGAUGCCCGUGGUGACGCGGGCUUACACUACAGCUUGUGUCAUUACGACCCUUGCCGUGCAAUUGGACUUGGUGUCUCCAUUUCAAUUAUAUUUCAACCCAAUUCUCAUUGUGGAACAGUAUCAGAUAUGGCGGUUAAUAACAACAUUCUUGUUUUUCGGGAAUAUUGGGUUCAACCUACUGUUCAAUAUGAUAUUUACAUAUCGAUAUUGCCGUAUGUUGGAAGAAGGGUCUUUUCGCAGAAGAACAGCUGAUUUUGUAAUGAUGUUCAUUUUUGGUGGAAUAUGUAUGAUCACUUUUGCAUUUUUUGUCAAUCUGCUAUUCCUAGGACAUGCAUUCACGAUAAUGUUAGUGUAUGUAUGGUCGCGACGAAAUCCUUUUGUCAGGAUGAACUUCUUCGGACUUUUAAAUUUUCAAGCUCCAUAUCUACCAUGGGUACUGCUAGGAUUCUCCGUAUUGCUUGGUAAUACAAUAUGGGUCGAUCUUGUUGGAAUGGCGGUAGGGCAUACUUAUUAUUUCGCAGAGGAUGUAUUCCCGCGAUUAAGAGGCGGUUUUCGGAUUUUGAAAACUCCACAAAUACUUAAGACUUUGUUUGACGCACAUCCUGAAGAUCCGGAUUACAUGCCGCCGCCGGAAGACAGACCAGGUGGCUUCAAUUGGGGACAGGAAGCCAAUGUGCAGUGAUCAAAACAUUUAAUAAUUUUCUUCCUAAUGCUAUUUCUUAUCCAAAUUACCCGAGAACAUUGCGGAAGUGCGCGUCCCCAUCGUUGUUCCUUCAUCUUUAGAGUUAUUAAUAACUUGAUGUUUGGAUAUGUGUAUGCAAAGAUGCAUAAUGAAAUGAUAAGGAUAAUAUACAAGAUGUUUAUAGAAGAAAUGUAAAGCAUAAUAUACAAGAUAUAUAUAUUAGAAAGACCUCAGCUGUUUUCUUCAAUUGAGGAAUUGUCCAAUAAAAGUUGAUAAUCUUGUCUAUAAUCAAAUUAAUCGUCGAAAAAAAGUUGACUACAAACUUUUCAAGAAAUUUAUAAACGAGAAAAAGCAUACAAAUUCUUAUACAUUCUAUAUCUAGACGAGCGCUGGAGAUAUGUACAUAAAACAUUUAUAAUCAGUGAGUUAUUAUUAUUUUCUUUAUUUUCUGUUACACAUUCACAUGUUCUUCAUUAUUCGUUUUUGCAUACAAAAUCCAAUCUAUAUCGAUAUUAACUCUUUGGAAGCCAAACAUUGCGCUUCUAGCAUUAUUAUAAAAAAUAUAAUUGAUUAAAUUGAUUAAAUUG